AUGGACUCUUUUAUUCGCAAAGAUGGAAAAGAAAACAUACUAGAUGGCCACGGAAAUGAAGUUUUUACGGUCGAUAUGGAAGUAGAUGACGAAGCUUACCCGCUUGAAUAUGUAACAAACUUUAACCAAUAUCUCGAUGUAAAAUCACCUGAGAAAAGAGAACAACAGAAAGAAGAAAAGCUACUCGAUAAGUCUAAGACUAAUAAUCAAUCGUUCGAAAAUGAGACAACCGCUCAAAGCUGGUGUAAAAAAGAAAGUCAAAAUCCGGACGAAGUGAUCGAAAGACGAAAGGGAAGUGGCAAGCAUGUGGGAAGACUGCUGAUCUUGAAAGUAGAACAUGAGCAGUUCUUGUAA